GUGUACGCUGCGAUGCGGACAGUUCUCGGCAGAAACUCGUCUGCGCAGUAUCGGACGUACGUUACAUCACUUUGAACUACGUCUAUUCGCGCACACGUACACGUUCGUGAGCCAAUUCCGACAAGAUUUUGUGACAAAAUUUACCAUGGAUUACUGGACGAUAUCGUUAUCCAUUGUGAUAGGAGCUGUGGGAAUUUAUUAUCUCUUCAAAGAAUUCAAUUACUUCAAGAGACACAAUAUUAUCCACAUCCCGUCUUUUCCGAUAGUCGGCCCUAUGUUGCCGCUAAUAUUUCGCCGAAUAUCAGUCAUAGAAUUGUUUCAGGAGUUAUACAAUUUCAAUCCGGACGCCAAAUAUGUUGGAUUCUACGUUGCAACGCGACCUGUCAUCUUACUUCGCGAUCCAGAGCUCAUGAAAGAAAUCUUGAUAAAAAAUUUUGACAGCUUUCCCAAUCGCAUAGGAUUUGGCACCGUAAAAGAUGCCUUGUUCUCAAAAAACUUAUUUUCUCUUAAGGGGCAAAAAUGGAGAGAUGUGAGAACAAUGUUGAGUCCAGCAUUUACAUCCAGCAAAAUGAAGAUCAUGUUCACCUUGAUGUUGGAGUGUGCUGUGGAUUUUACCAGAUCUCUGUUGGAAAUAUCAACAGAUAAAAGCGAGAUGGACAUGAAGGACGCCUUCACCAAAUAUACGAACGAUGUGAUUGCCACAUGUGCUUUUGGAAUUAAAGUUAAUUCUAUGAGUGAUCCCACAAACGAUUUUUACGUUUAUGGUAAAGAGGUUACUAGCUUCCAAGGGCUGCGCGGUCUCAGGUUUUUCUUUUUUUCUGCCUUUCCGAGACUCACGCAAUUUCUCGGUUUUAAACUUAUAAGCGACGACGCAGGACGUUUCUUCCGAAAUGUCAUCAAGUCCACAAUCCACACCCGAGACACCGAGAACAUUACACGUCCCGAUAUGAUACAAUUGAUGAUGGAUAUCAGGGGUAAACGUGAAGCUGAAAAAGAGCUCACUAUCGAGGAGAUGACCGCGCAGGCGUUUCUUUUCUUCUUCGGUGGCUUCGAGACCAGUGCAACCGCGAUGUCCUUCGUUACUCAGGUGAUCUCGGACAAACCAGACGUCCAAGCGAAGUUGCGGCAAGAGAUCGACAAAGUUCUGGAGGAUUCCAACGGGGAAGUGACUUACGAAGCUAUUAAUCAUCUUGAAUAUUUGGAUGCUGUAAUAAACGAAGUUCUGCGACUAUAUCCACCUAACGUCAUGCUGGAGAGAUUAUGUGAGAUGGAUUACGAAUUACCGUCCGCAUUGCCGAAUGGGAAGCCUUUUAUUUUGAAGAAAGGUCAAGUUAUCUGGGCAUCGGUUUAUUCAAUUCAGCAUGACGAGAAGUAUUUUGAUGAUCCGGAAGAAUUUCGUCCGGAGAGAUUCUUGGGCAACAACACGUACCACAACUCUCCUUAUUACGCGCCAUUCGGUUUAGGGCCGCGAAUGUGCAUCGCCAAUAGGUUUGCAUUGCUGGAGAUGAAGGUCAUGCUGUUUCAUUUAUUGGCGCUGUGCGAGCUGAGACCUUGUGCUAAAACCGUAUUGCCCAUAAAAAUGAGCAAAUCCACUUUUGCAAUGGCUCCGGAAGGUGGAUUCUGGCUGAAUGUUCGACGUAGAAACGACGUGCAUCCUACAAUUCGGUCGUUGACGCUGAAUAACGACGCUGCUAAUUUUUAAAAGACAUUCUUGGUGCGCUAAAAUGUGAAAAAAAAAACAAUCAUAUCGAGCUGGUUGUAGGUAACGGUAGGAGAUAAAAUUUCGGGAAAAAGCUUUAUAUGUUUGUAUUCUGUUGAGGUAUUAAAUCAUAAUGUACAUAUAUAACUUUUCAGGUGUGCUUAAUUUUGUAAAAUAUUAUCUUCCGAUGUAAGUUGCAACUUAGUUUUGCAACAGUCUAGAGGCGAUUUUCAACGAAAAGAGAUAAGCAAUCUCAAAAGGGAACGAUAGGGCUCGGAUAGCUCAUAGUUCAGUUUCGUAGAAUAUAACUUGUAUCGUUCCAAACUUGUCAAUUACAGAAGAUUCUGCGUGGGUCUUACACGUUCUGUUCUGUUCGUAAAUUUUAAUAUAUACAUCGAUGCGAUAUUAAAAUCGUCAGAUGACAACGAUAAUUAAUAAUAAAACUGUAUUGUUUAUUAUACACAAGAGAAACAUCGAGCGCUUUAAUUAAAGAAAGUACAUAUAUGUAUAUA